AUGAGCCGAAUCAUUCUGAGAUCCGUCAUCGCUCAGCUUACUCGCGGAGCUAUGACUCGCCGCCAUUUCUCUUCGCCCGUAGGUAACCUGGGCAAGGAAGCAAAAGACGGAGGAGUUAUCAAGCUAAACAUCUCGCUCAGGUUACUUUGCAGCAAUCCCGGUGGGAUUUUGCGGAGGUAUGGAGAGAGUUUUGUUAUUCCCCUUACUUGA